AUGCCCACAAAUCCAAAAUUCUCAUCCGGUCGUGAACGCCCGACGCCCCUCUGGCUCUGGUGCGCCGCCAUCGUCUGCACCGUCAUCACUUUAGCCGUAAUCAUCGCAGGCAUCGUCACCUUCAUAGGCUACUUAGUCAUACAUCCCAGGGUGCCCUACGUUAGCGUCGUAGGCGCUCACCUCGAUCCCUUGCGGAUCGAUUACGCAGGCAUUCUGCAAAUUCAGGCCACCAUAGUGGUUCGAGCUCAGAACGGGAACAAGAUGGCGCACGUCAGCUUCUCGCAUUCCAAUUACACGCUCAGCUUGAACGGGGAAGAUAUAGCCCGGUUGGUAGCGCCGCCGUUUGAAGUGAGUAAGAAUAGUUCGGUUGAUUUUAAUUAUUUGGUUCAGUCAUCGCCCAUACCUUUGGAUCCAGAACAAGCAGAGAAUGUGGAUAUGGCGUUGAAGCGUGAUUAUAUUACGUUGGAUCUGAAAGGGAGCGCCAGGGCGAGAUGGAGAAUGGGCCGGCUUGGAUCGGUUCGGUUUUUGUGUCAUCUCGAUUGCCACUUGCAUUUCCAUCCUUUUAAUGGAACCUACAUUCCUUCACGCUGUACUUCCAAUGCCAAAUAA